CACUCCCUCACCUACAUCUACACGGCGCUCUCCAAACCUGUCGGCCUCCCGGGCAUCCACGAGUUCACAGCCAUGGGUUUGCUGGACAACCGGAUGAUCGACUACUUUGACAGCGAGCAUCAGUCAAAGGUUCCCAAACAGGAGUGGAUGAGAGAGCGUUUACCUGCUGAUUACUGGGAUAAAGGCACACAGUCCCGCAAGAGCAAGCAGCAGUGGUUCAAGGUCAACAUCGGCAUCCUGAUGGAGCGAAUGAGGCAGAAUGACUCAGCCACCCCUCACGUUCUUCAGUGGAUGCACGGCUGUGAGGGUCAGACGCAGCCUGACGGCACGCUCAGGUUUGUCCGAGGCAUGGACAUGUACAACUACGAUGGAGACGACUUCCUGUCCUUCGAUGAUAGAAGCGGAGUCUGGGUCGCUCCGACUCCCGAGGCACAACUAACCAAGAGGAAGUGGGACGGCGUCCCGGUGCUGAAAGAGUACACCAAGGGCUACCUGGAGAACGAGUGCAUCGAUUGGCUGAGCAAGUUUGUGGGUUAUGGACAGAAGCAGCUGAAACAGAAAUCUCCACCUGAUCUGCACGUGUUUGCAAAGAACUCCAGAGUGCAGACAAACAUCGUCCUCACCUGCCUCGCCACGGGCUUCUACCCCAAAGACGUCACAGUGACGAUCAGGAGGAACAAACGUGUUCUGACUGCAGACGACGGCCUGAAGAGCUCAGGACUUCUCCCCAAUGACGACGACACGUUCCAGAGGAGAGAGUACGUGGAGGUUUUAAAGUCUGACCCGGCUACAUACAGCUGUGAGGUCUUUCACGAAGCGACUGAUGUGGGAAUGUCUAAGAGCUGGGGUAAGAAACUGUCAUGCCUGUUACCUGUUCCUGAUGACGAUGGAUCUGCCGUCACUGGUCUGGUGGCAGCACUCCUGCUCAUGCUCAUCGGUGUAGGCGUGAUUCUGCUGGUCCUACGUAAAAGACGCAAUAAUGGCAGGAGCAGCGCAGAUACACCAGAGUCGCAGGAGUUGAACGAUGUUCGUCAGGAGUAACA